AGGGGCAUUCCUGGUUCCUUACUGUAUUAUGUUGGUGAUUGGAGGAAUACCGUUGUUUUAUAUGGAAUUAGCUUUAGGACAAUUUAAUCGAAAAGGAGCUAUUACUUGUUGGGGAAGGUUAUGUCCGUUGUUUAAAGGUAUAGGUUAUGCAGUCGUCUUGAUAGCAUUUUACGUUGAUUUUUACUACAAUGUUAUAAUAGCGUGGGCUUUACGAUUCUUCUUCGCCUCUUUUACGAAUCUUCUACCAUGGACAACGUGUGACAAUUCUUGGAACACCCCAAACUGCAGACCAUUUGAAUUUCCAACUAGAAACUAUUCCGACUUCAAUCGGUCCGAGUUUGCAGAAAUAUCAGGUCCAUCGGACUCCCGCUUUGCAUCAGCUGCUUCGGAAUAUUUCAAUCGAGCUAUUCUGGAGCUUCACCAAAGCGAAGGACUCCACGAUUUGGGUGCCAUCAAAUGGGACAUUGCGCUGUGCCUUUUAGCUGUAUACGUUAUUUGUUACUUUUCUCUGUGGAAAGGAAUUUCCACUUCGGGAAAAGUGGUGUGGUUCACAGCUUUAUUUCCUUACGCCGUUCUGUUGAUACUUUUAGUUCGAGGGAUCACUCUGCCUGGGUCUGCGGAAGGGAUUCAGUACUAUUUGAAUCCGAAUUUUAGUGCUAUUGGAUCUGCAGAAGUAUGGGUGGAUGCAGCCACUCAAGUAUUUUUUUCGUUGGGUCCUGGUUUUGGAGUUCUGCUAGCGUACGCUUCUUAUAAUAAAUACCACAACAAUGUUUACAAAGACGCACUUUUAACGAGUGUAAUAAACUCAGCCACUAGUUUCAUCGCUGGCUUUGUUAUAUUCUCUGUGCUGGGCUACAUGGCUCACGCUGCUGGUAGACCAAUUCAAGAAGUAGCCACAGAAGGCCCGGGAUUAGUUUUUAUCGUGUAUCCAGCAGCAAUAGCUACGAUGCCCGGCAGUAUAUUUUGGGCGUUGAUAUUUUUUAUGAUGUUGCUCACACUAGGUUUAGAUAGUUCGUUUGGUGGUUCAGAGGCCAUAAUAACAGCCCUCAGUGACGAGUUCCCGAAAAUUGGACGAAACAGGGAAAUUUUUGUAGCGUGUUUAUUCACCCUUUACUUCCUAGUGGGCUUAGCAUCGUGCUCUCAAGGAGGAUUCUAUUUUUUUCUUCUACUGGACAGGUACGCCGCUGGCUAUUCUAUGUUGUUUGCCGUAUUUUUUGAAGCUAUAGCAGUUUCAUGGAUAUAUGGUACUCAACGAUUCUGUGAUGAUAUCCAAGACAUGAUUGGAUUUUCUCCUGGAUAUUAUUGGAGAUUCUGCUGGAAAUUUGCAGCGCCGGUGUUUCUGUUGUUUAUUAUUGUUUACGGGUUGCUGGGAUACGAACCCCUCUCCUACGAAAACUACGUGUAUCCUGGUUGGGCCAACGUCCUGGGUUGGGUAAUUGCUGGAUCUUCCGUCUUCAUGAUUCCUGCGAUUGGACUGUACAAGUUUAUUGUUACGCCAGGAUCUUGUUUAAAGAGGCUGAAAACACUAACAACACCAUGGCGUGAUACGCAACGGGGCUCCCAAGUCAACGGAGUGGUACAAUCAGAGAGUCAGCAAGUUCGAUUGUCGACGCCUGAAGUUCCAAACCAGGCGCCGGUUGAGGUGUGA